AUGGAUGGAGAACUUUACAAGAAGAGGCCAGAAUAUGAUUUACUCAUGAGAUGUCUGAGUCAGCAGGAAUCUAUGAAGAUAAUGGUGGAAGUACUUGAAGGAGUUUGCGGAGUUCAUCAAGCAGGCAGAAAGAUGAGGUGGCUCACAAGAAGGGGAUGGGUUGUGGAUCUCAUUGGGAAGAUCUAUCCACCAUAUGAACAAGGACAUUAUUUUAUCAUAGUAGUCACGGACUACUUCAAAAAAUGGGCGGAGGCCUUUCCACUCAAAUUCGUAACUCAACACGAUGUGAUAAAGAUACAAACUUUUACCUUGAAAUAUGGUUUUGAAAUUUCACAUUCUACACCAUAUUAUGCUCAAGACAAUGGUGAAGCAGAGUCUACUAACAAAGUUCUGAAGAAUAUAAUCGAAAGAAUGAUGAUGGUUAGAUCAACAAUGGUAGCCUUGCAGAAUCAAUUAUCACCUACAGACUAUUAUCAAACUAUGAUGACAGAGCUGAAAGGCCUUGAUGAAGUCAGACUUGUUGCCUUUGACCAUCUUCAAAUUCGGAAGCAAAAGGUCAUGAAGGCUUACAACAGGAGAGUACGAGAGAAGAUAUUUGUUGUUGCUGUCCUAGUUUGGAAAGUUGUUCUCAUCAUUGGUCAAAGAAAUUCAACCUAUGGCAAAUGGUCACCAUCUUGUGAGGGACCAUAUCAAGUGACAUAG